AUGAAUGAUUUAUCAAAAGAUGACUUAUUGGAAAGGAUAAGGCAACUUGAACUAGAAAAUUCACAACUUAAAGAAAGUAUCUCGGUUCUGUCAAAUGUUUCCGUUCAAUCUGAAUAUGAUGCAAAAUAUCCUAAGAUAGAUGAGUGCUUUUCGUCAGAUGAAUAUAAACGGUAUGGCAGACAAAUGAUAGUACCUCAGUUUGGAUCUCUUAAGUCACAAAUUAAACUCAAAAAGAAUAAAGUGUUAGUUAUUGGUGCUGGAGGGUUAGGCUGUCCUGCCUUGCUUUAUCUUUCGGCCUCUGGAGUUGGGGAAAUUGGUAUAAUAGAUGACGACUUGGUUGAUAUUAGUAAUUUGCAUCGACAGGUUUUACAUACGACCGAGAGUGUGGGUAUCCAUAAAUGUGAAUCUGCUAAAAGAUACAUCAAUAAACUAAACCCCCAUGUUAAAGUUAAUACAUAUCCUUUUAGGCUAUCAAAUGAUAAUGCUUUCAAUAUUAUAGAAAAAUAUGAUCUCAUUUUAGAUUGUACAGAUACCCCUGCCACUAGAUAUUUGAUAAAUGAUGUAUCUGUCAUAUGUGGGAAGACAAUUGUGAGUGGUUCUGGCUUGAAAACGGAUGGGCAGUUAUCAAUAUUAAACUUUCACGGAAUUGGACCAUGCUAUAGAUGCUUUUAUCCCAAACCACCCUCUCCUGGAUCUAUUACAUCUUGUGCUGAUGGUGGAGUUGUCGGACCAGCUAUCGGAUUAAUUGGAGUUACGAUGGCGUUGGAAGCAAUAAAAUUAAUUACGGAUUUCUACACAGAUGAAACUUUUAAACCUUUCUUGUCUAUGUACUCAGGCUACCCACAACAACAAUUGCGAGUGUUUAAGAUGAGAAAUAAGCAACAGAAUUGUGCGGUGUGUGGUAAUAAACCAACUAUAUUAAAGAGUACAAUUACCAACAAUGAUAUAGAUUAUGCUGAAUUUUGUGGGAGAGUUAAUCCAAAUGUGCUAGCUUCAGAAUUCAGAAUAAGUGUAGAUGAAUAUCAUGACUACGUCCAUAGUACAAAUCAUAAUUCUAUACUUAUCGAUGUAAGACCCAAAGAACAAUAUGAAAUCACCAAAAUACCUACUUCCAUAAAUAUUCCUUGGGAUCCAACAAUCAACAAAGCUGACGAUAUAGAUUCGUACUUCCCUCCCAAUUUUAAUAAGGAUACAGAAACCUUUGUUAUUUGUCGCUAUGGCAAUGACUCACAGAUAGCUGCUAAAAAGUUAAUUGAAAAAUUUGGUUUUAGUAAAGUAAAGGAUAUUAAAGGUGGUAUAAAUAAAUGGAGCGAAGAAAUCGAUUCGAGUAUCCCACAGUAUUAA